AUGAGUGAAGAAAUUAACAACAACAUUCAAACUAUCCUCCACUCUCUACAAGCUAAAGUUGAUCGAUUAGAAAAUGUAAACAAAGAAUUAGAAGAGAAAUUACUUCAACAGGACAAAAGUAUUGAUCAACUACUAACGAAUGUUAACCUUCAAAAAUCAAAUUCUGCACCUUCAACUUCACGUCAAGAAGAAGAACAUUUAUUACUCGAUAAAGAAGAUGAUGUAGAACAAGUUUCGCAUAGUUCAAAGACCAGUAAAGAUAAUAAAAAGAAGCUUACAGUGGACAGAUCAAUUCAUAAUCUACCAUUAGUCAAUAUACUGGGUAUUAUAUUUCCUAUUCUAUCAGCCAUUGCCAUGCUUGCUGAUUCUAUCCUUCACAUUAUCUUUCACAAGUCUGACGAUGAUAAACAGAAGAAUUAUGCUGGUCUUAUCUCUACGGUUUUAAUUCUCUUUUAUUAUCUUCAAUAUGAUGUAAAAUUCAAUUUAACUCAUCCUCGUCUUUAUAUUCUCUAUCAGUUUUUAAUAUGGUCACUUGUAUUUACUGGUGAUAUCAUAUAUGUUUAUUAUUAUCAUACAAUGUUACAUCGUCCCUUUAUGAUGUAUACCUUUGUAUGUUAUGCAAUUCUCGAUACAAGUUAUAUUUUUACUAUUGGAUAUUUAAAAUUCAAAGGUUAUCGUCAACACAUGUUCAUCAUUACUAUUCAAAGUAUUUUUGAAUUGAUAGCUAUGAUGACAGAAAUGCUAAUCAUCUUCAUUCCUAUUUUUGGUACACAUGAAGCUAUAACAACAACUUCGGUAACAUUUUUUAUGUUAUAUAAAUUUCUUUCAGCAAGUUAUACGGAUAUGUUAGAUUUGAAAUAUUCAAAAUUAAGUCGUUUUUGUCUAUGGAUGUUGGUUCUCUUUUCAAUACUUAGUGUUGUAUUUGAAUAUUUUGUUUAUGGAUUUGAACAAUUAAUUGAAGAAAAUACUAAAAAUCAUCAAAAAAAUCAAACAUUUACAUUAUCAUCAUCUACUGAUCAAUAUAAAAACACUGAAAAUUAUUUUGUUAUAGCAAGAGAAUUGAGUGAAUUCAUUGGAACAAUAGCAUGUUAUUCUUUAUUAAUUUUACAAUUUUUUAUGAAAAAAGAACGAAAAAAUAAAUAA